AUGGGAUUGGAAAUGCGAGUUCUCCUUGUGCUUGCCAUGGCUAUAUGCCUCCCCUCCGCCACAUAUGCAGCCGAUGGAACAGCCACUUUUUAUACACCUCCUUAUGUUCCCUCCUCAUGCUACGGAUACCAAAAUGAUGGAGUGAUGAUAGCCGCAGCAAGCGAUGCCAUUUGGGGCAACAGAGCAGCUUGUGGAAGAAGGUACAGAGUGACAUGCACCGGAGCCACUAACCAAGGUGUCCCACAACCUUGCAAGGGAACCAGCGUUGUCGUUAAAAUUGUCGACUACUGUCCUCCCGGAUGCAGAGGAACCAUUGAUCUCUCUCAAGAGGCCUUCACCGUCAUUGCUAACCCCAACGCCGGAAAAAUCAAGAUUAGUUAUACUCAGUAA